AUGAAGUUCCUGAUUUUAUUGGCUCAGGCUCAUUUGGAUUUUAGAUUAACUGAACUUAAAGCUUUAUCAGAUUUUUAUAAGAUUGAUGCUGAUUUUAGUUCAUAUUCUACUACUUCUCCCUUUUUGGUGGUGGAUUUAGAUUCUUCAGAAGAAGCUCGUAAGCUUGUUUCUCGCUCAAUUUUAUGUCGAUCUGUUUAUGAGUUGUAUGCCUCUGGAACAUCUGUUGAAGAACUACAUGAAAAAACUAUCCGAAAUAAAUCCCAAUGGGAAAAGUAUAAUGAUGUCAAAACGUCUUUUAAAUUUGAAUUUGUAAGCUAUAAAGGCUCACGGGAUCAACAAGAACAAAUUAAAAUUAUAGAAUCUUUUUCUUUUAUGGGCUUAGAGGGUCCUAUCAGAAUGAAAAAACCUGAUGUGACAUUUUCUAUAGUAGAGGAAUAUAUUGUGAAAGACAGUAAACCCGAAGAACUUCCAAAAAGAGUUUGGUUUGGAAGAUUUAUUACUGAUAGUGAUAGAUCUGCCAUGGAUCGUUUAGAUCUCAAGAGACGCAGAUAUAUUGGGACAACAACUUUUGACGCAGAACUUUCUCUGGUUACAUGUAACAUUGCACAAGUUUCUCCUGGAAAGAUUGUAUACGAUCCAUUUUGUGGCACUGGCAGUUUUUUAGUUGCUGGUGGUUAUAUGGGCGCUCUCACAUGCGGCUCUGACAUUGACGUGAGAAUGCUACGGGGAAAUGGGAAAGAUCGUACAAUUGAUGCAAAUUUUAGGCAAUAUGGCAUUCAAAAUAAGUAUUUGGAUGUAAUGACAAUGGACUUUACUCACAAUGCAUUUCGAAAUAAUCUUUUUUUUGAUGCAAUUAUUUGUGAUCCACCAUAUGGAGUUAGAGAAGGGCUGAAAGUGCUAGGUGCUAAAGACGAAGAAAAAUUUUUAGGGAAAGAAACAGUAAUGAUCGAAGGUGUUGCUGCACAUUUGAGAAAAGACUACGUUCCAACCAAAAAGCCAUAUGAGUUAUAUGCUUUGUUAGAUGAUCUUUUGGCAUUUGCAGCUAUACAUUUAAAACCAGGAGGAAGAUUAUGUUAUUGGAUGCCGGUUGCUAAUGAAGAUUUUAAAGAACAUCAUAUCCCUUUGCAUGAAGAUUUGAAACUCUUGUCGUGCUGCAUUCAAGACUUUAACAAGUGGUCUCGACGACUUCUAACAUACUCCAGACGCAAAUAUGGAGAAAAAGGAGAAUCACAACAUGUUAAAGGAACUUUAAACGAAGAGUUUAGAUCAAAGUACUUUAGAGGGUUUACAUAA